AUGGCGCCCGCUGAGCCGCACGCAGAGCCUUUUGUGCUUUUGACAUCCGAGGAACCAGACUUUCCCGAAGAGCGCGAAGGAUGGAAGGGUUACAUUGAAUGGGAGAGAUACCCUGAGAAGAAGAAGGCAGCAGAGAUUCUAGCGAAAUAUGAUUUCCCUGUACCACCAGAGUUCCAACUGCUCCCGCUCCCCAAGACGAAUCCCGUCCUCGAGGGUGUGCGCUGGAAGUACUACCACUAUGCUCUGGGAAAGACUACAAAGGACCUGCCAGCCAUCUCAUGGAACUAUGUGAAGAAGGAAAAAAGCGAGGACAUGAUACACGUCUUGGAGUUUCCUUACAAUGGCGAGCCACCCCGAAAGCGAUUAGUUGAGACCGAGAUUACCGACAACAAAGACCACUACAUCCGAAACCACGGUGGUGUCCCUGAGAUUGAUCCCGAGAAGUACUAUUUCGAAGUUGAAGGCCUGGUCGACACGCCAAAGAAGAUAACCUUGAAGGAGCUUCAGGACGAAAGCAUAUUUCCACGCAUGAAUACUGUUAUCACCCUACAAUGCAGUGGCACGCGUCGUAUCGAGCAAAUACACGACUAUCCCGGAGAUGGCGACGAGCUCAUCAACGCACCCUGGGGUGAGGGCGCCAUCGGUACCGCCCGCUACGUUGGUGUCAGUCUGAAGAAGGUUCUUAGAUAUUGUGGUAUAAAGCCAGAGGGAAAGCAUGUGGAGUUCUUUGGUGCCGACACAUACUUCAAGAAAGGACAGGUAUACAACUACGCUGUGUCGGUACCAACCCGCAAGGUCAAUAUCAACGAGGUCAUUCUCGCAUGGGAGAUGAAUGGGGAACCACUACCUGCCAUUCACGGAGCACCCCUCCGUGCAGUUGUGAUGGGAUAUAUUGGAGCCAGGAGUUGCAAAUGGCUAACACGCAUCAACGUCAUUGAGAACCCGUCCCUGGCUCCGGUGCAGAUGAAGGAAUAUCUGUACUACAGUCCUCAAAGGGGAAAGCAGAACGUGACGUACAGCAAUGGCUUCAGCAUUCAGACCAUGCCAGUUUCAAGCGCUAUCAUGACACCAAUCGACAAAGAUGUCAUUGUCCAUGACGGGAAGAUCCGCAUGACUGGUUGGGCAUACAGUGGUAGCGGCUGGCCAGAGCGAGUCGAAGUCAGCAACGAUGGAGGGGGUGUUUGGUAUGAAGUGCCAUAUGAGAAUUUGAGUAAAAAGUACUUCCACGCCUGGCGCACAUGGUGGAUGGAUGUUCCUGUCGAUGCAGAGGGCUGGCUCGAGUUUUGUGUGCGCUGCUGGGAUGAUGCUUUGAACACCCAGCCAACAUUCGUACGAAGCGCAUGGAACUGGGAUCUCCAUGUGACAUCGUCUUGCCACCGCGUCAAGCUCUACAGCGUCAACACUACCAAGCCAGAAACUGCUCGACGUCUUAAACAGCUUGAGGAGCAUAAUGCUUCGAUCAACCCUAUUACUAGACCCGUACCGUUCGAUCUUGAGACCAACGAAGAGUACCUAGAGGAAAUGAGGAAGCGUGGUAGCCGUGACCCGGAGGAGUAG